AUGAAGACCAGCGUGUGGUGGGAGACCAAAGAAGUCCAGGGUUACUUGACUCUGCUCUAACUACAUAGUGCCUCUUGGUGUUUUUAUUCUUUUGCUCUCGGGACUCAGGUGUCCUCUCUUCUCCUCCCCUUUCCCUUUGGGAAGCGGGAGAACCAGAUGGGCUCUUGCGCAAGGUCACGGCUUGUUGUUUACCUCCCGCGGGGGCCUCCUCCCUCUCUAUAAAGCCUGUGCAGAGCCGGGGUGACGCGAAGAGACAAAAACUGAGGCUCUCAGAGAGAAAGACAGACUAAAGAAGAUCCAGAAGGGCAGGGAAAAGCUCAGAAAUUAAGAAUUUAGAGGAGGACAAAUAAGACUAGUAUUGCGGUGGGGUGGGGAGAAAUCGAAAGCCUAGGGUAAUCCACUAUGGAGGUCGAAAGAACAUCAGGUGGAUCCUUGCCCCUUCUCCCCACGGAGAUUUCGGAGUUCGGUCCGGGGCUAGUGGAGCGUUUGGAACAACUGUCUACUUGCCCUCUGUGUAGGGGGCCCUUUCAGGACCCCGUGAUCCUAGCGUGCGAGCACAGUUUCUGUCGCGCGUGCUUGGCUCGCCGCUGGGACGCCCCUCCAGGCUCGGAUGAUACCAACUCCGCGCCUCCCAUCAUAUGCCCCUGCUGCGGUCUCUCGUGCCCUCGCCGCAGCCUUCGGUCGAACGUGCGCCUAGCAGUGGAGGUGCGGAUUAGUCGUGGGCUAAGGGAGAAGCUGGCAGAGCCCGGGGCUCGGACCGGGAGACGCCGUGGGGGACGCAUCCCUACCAUGGGCUGUCAGGAUCCGCACGGAGAGGAUGUGAGGAAGACAUGGAGAAGCUACAUCUUUCUCAGACUUGAUGCCACAAAGUCCAAACCAGAGGAAUCAGAUGAGGACAUCCCAGAUGAUUAUCCUGUGGUCAAAAACAUGCUCCACAGACUCACAGCGGACUUAACUCUGGACCCUAGCACUGCACACCGUCACCUCCUUGUGUCUCCCGAUGGUCGAAGCGUUUGUCUAGCUCCACCUGGGACACCUGUGCCACUGGACGGACCAGCCCGCUUCGACCAGCUCCCCGCUGUGCUAGGUGCGCAAGGCUUCAGAGGUGGACGGCAUUGCUGGGAAGUAGAGACUGCCAGUGGAACUUCUUUCGGGGAGUCCUCUGGUGAAGAUGACAAAGGGAGCCAUUAUGCCGUCGGUGCUGCUGGAGAAUCUGUGCGGCGAAAGGGCCGAGUAGGCUUAUGCCCCGCGGGGGCCGUGUGGGCUGUGGAAGGCCGAGGCGGCAAGUUAUGGGCUCUGACAGCCCCCGAACCUACGCCCCUGGCAGGUGGAAGGCCUCCGCCCCGGAGAAUUCGCGUGGACUUGGAUUGGGAAAGAGGCCGAGUGGCUUUCUAUGACGGUCGGUCUCUUGACCUGCUUUUCGCUUUCCAGGCAUCUGGAUCCCUUGGGGAGCGUGUCUUUCCGUUGCUUUGCACUCGGGACCCCCGGACCCCACUUCGCAUAGUGCCAGCUGAUGGCUGAACACUCCACCCUGCAUUUUUACUAAGGGAUUUCGAGCUCUUCAAGUUUCCCUACUUGGGAAACUCCAGCUCUCCUGACUUGCCUCACCCACUCCCAAGAAUUUCCCAUUCCCUCCCAGUUAAUUUCAGAUCCAGUCUAAAUACCUGGAUGUAGAAACUUGAGACCCAUUGCUUCCAAAAACUUCCCUUCCUAAGUCGAACAUGCCAUAUUCCUAUGGGAAAAGUGCUUUCUAAAUAAAUUUACAAACCUAUCUUCCUACA